AAGAGAGUUCCACGUGCUUCCUGUUACUAGCUGCACGCUUGUCUGUCUGCUUUACCUCGUCAAUAAACUGCGGCUGUUCCGUAAGAAAACUCAUCACAAAAUACUGCAAAUAUGCCAAAAGCCAAGAAGUCGAGUAAGAAAAACACAUUCGAUUACAACAAAAACCGGAAGAAGCUGAAGAAACAGUUUAUAAAGAAGUACAACCCGAGGAUUGAAAAUACACAGAUUCGGAAUGCGUGGGACAGAAGGAAGUCCUUGGCCAGGAACCUGGCGGAGAUGGGCCUGGCUGCCGAUCCAAACAAGUCGCUGCCAGUGAAAAAGCAGGCGCUCCUCGGGAAGGACAAAGAGACCACAGCUGUACCCAUCGUAACCAAGCCUUACGUCCUCAACGAUCUGGAGGCCGAGGCCAGCCUGCCAGGAAAAGACUGCAAGACGUUAUCGACCGACCUGAUCGAGUACGUUCAGCACAUGAUCCGAGAACACAACGAGAACUACAAGGCCAUGGCCAGAGACGAGAAGAACUACUACCAGGACACACCCAAACAGAUCAAGAGGAAAAUCAACGAGUACAAGCGCUGCCACCCUGAGCAGUACGAAGCCUUCGUCAAAUCACUCGCCGAGUAGAAGGAUCUUGAUAUCGGACAUUUUGAACUGUGACGGACGUCCAGCGUUUGGACGGCUGAUAAUAAACCCCAACAGUGACGGGAAGAGGAGCUGUACCGAGGAGCCAGGGUUUCCUCAUGUUCCUGUCCUCCUUGUAAAGAUUUCUUAUUUAGACUUUUUCCAUGUUGUAGCAGGAAUAUUAACUUGAUCUGUGUCUUCUGUGUUUUUAAAAGUCAAAUAAGACUAAAAAUAUGUUUUAAAAUAUGUUGAAACUCAUCUUCCGUGUGUAUUUUUUCGGCACCACAGUGAAAUGUAUCUUCAUAUGUGGUAAAAAACAGACAAAAGUACCACCAGCAACCAUGCGUCCAGUCGCUGCUUAAAGCUGCAGUUCCUCAAAUGGCCUCUAGUUGGCUCCAAAGGAAAUCGGUCCCAUUACCUUUGUGUUCAAACGUUACAGCGGACAUACACAUGUUUACGGCCAAACAAACUGUUUUCAUCUCUAUAGCUUUUUAUUCAUGUACGGGAAGAGUUUUUAUAAAAUUCACUUGUUAAAAUUAUGUCGAGGAUUAAACUUACACAUAAUUAAGGUGAGUGGCUGGUUUGAGUAACGGAUGGGUGUCCUCAGCUCCACUCAUGCAACACCUCUCCGCUAGGCCGAAUUAGCCAAGAUGUCUAUGGCCAGUGACCAUCGAGUCUUUUGCAUAUAUACAGUUAGGGAUAGAUAAUAAUAAAAUUAGCUUUAAAUUAGCCAGUGGCUGAAGACAUCACACAGGAAACAUAAGGGUGAUAUCACGGAGGAUCAUUAAGUGUGUAAAUGCACUGAAUCUCACGGUAAUUCACAUCAGGUUUGAGUCAUUUUAGUCAAAAUGUCAAGGGGCCAAAUUAAAUUUUUUAAUUUUGGCCAAUCGAUUAAAUAGGUGGGGAGACUCUCCGGUAGAUUAUUGAACACUACCUGGCAACAUUGAAUACCUGUGCCUAGUUAAUCCAAAUCUAGAUAUUUCCAUUGCAACCAAAACUGUCAUGUCAACGUCCAAUAAUAGGUUUGACAAAUCACGUUAACUGGUGUCCAUCUAGAAGGUUUAAAUGUCCCUUCAGUGUUUGUGUCCCUUCAGCCCGCAGCCCAUAACCCCUGUUGCGUGGUGGUGUUGUUGUUGCAAGUUAUCUGCUGCGCAAGUUCAACAAUAGCUUGACCUACAUCCAACAUGUUGUAUUCAUCAGUCAAUCAUUAACGGCCUCGUUCCGCUGAACGGCUCGAAAAUUCCUGCAGUCGUGUUUUUGAGAAAACAUCCUGGAAAGGGAAAAAGGGGCUAAUCAUCUGAAACUGUGCCAGAGAUAAGACCGCGCCGUGUCUAGUACACCAUAAAAUGAGAAAGCAUCAUGUGUUCCUGCUACUACUCCCAUAGGAUCAAAGCCACCUGUUCGUGGCUAUAAGCGCCUGUGCAACAAAACUGUAAAAUAUCUGGGUUUUUAACGUGCUAAACGCUCGACUACAUUUGUAUGUUAAUUACUAAUGGCCAUUAAAGCUUUCUUUUUUUCUUU